UUUUAGUUUACUUCCAUUUUUUUUUUCCCGGAAAUACACAAUAAAAAAACACUCGGUCAGAAACGGCAAAAUCCUUCCUACUAUUAAAACUCACCCCAACUCUUCACUCUUCGUAUUUCAGUUUCAACUUCUCUCUCCUCCCUCCCAUUUUCUCUGUAAAAAGCUUCCAGAUUGUUUACUGAUCAGUGCUCUGAAGCUUCUUCAUCAAUGGAAGCCAUAUCUGUCUCUCCACAAAUCUUUCUCCAUUCACAAAACAAUCGCCAGAUUCCAUCGUCCUUGUCGUUUCCGACUGUUAAUUUUAAUGCAAAACGUCGUUUUUGUCCUCGUGCCCAUUGUGUUUCUACUCGUCGUCCAUUUAAAUGCUCCGCGGUUUUCACCUCUCCUUCAGUUGUGAAAAAUUCGGAGGAAUUUGUUGAAGCAGCGCACAAAGGAAAUUUAAUACCGUUGUACAAGUGUAUUUUUUCUGAUCAUUUAACACCUGUACUUGCUUAUCGGUGUUUAGUUUCGGAAGAUGAUCGUGAAGCGCCAAGUUUUUUGUUUGAAGCUGUUGAACCUGGAGUUGUCAACUCUCAUGUUGGAAGAUAUAGUAUUGUUGGGGCUCAGCCAAGCAUGGAAAUCGUGGCAAAAGAGAAUAUGGUGACAGUGAUGGAUCAUCAAGAAGGGAAGAGAACUGAGGAGUUUGUGGAGGAUCCAAUGACCGUCCCCAGGAAGAUUAUGGAGGAAUGGGAACCACAAUUGAUUGAUGAGCUUCCUGAUGUCUUUUGCGGUGGAUGGGUUGGUUAUUUCUCAUACGACACAGUUCGUUAUGUGGAGAAGAAGAAGAUUCCCUUCUCAAAUGCGCCUCAUGAUGACAGGAACCUUCCCGAUGUUCAUUUAGGCUUGUACGAUAACGUGAUUGUGUUUGAUCAUGUGGAGAAGAAAGUAUAUGUGAUACAUUGGGUUCGUGUGGAUCGUUUUAAGUCUGCUGAGGAAGCUUAUAAAGAUGGAGUUGAAAGAUUAGAUCAUUUUCUGUCCAAGGUCCAAGAUGUUGCAACCCCCAGGAUAUCUCCUGGCUCUAUCAAAUUACAGACUCGCCACUUUGGUACUGAGUUGAAGACUUCAAAUAUGGCUAGUGAAGCCUACAAAGCUGCUGUUUUGAAAGCCAAGGAACAUAUCUUGGCUGGUGACAUAUUUCAAAUUGUGUUAAGUCAACGUUUUGAGAGACGAACAUUUGCAGAUCCAUUUGAAGUAUAUAGGGCAUUGAGAAUUGUUAACCCUAGCCCAUAUAUGGGAUAUCUACAGGCAAGAGGAUGUGUUUUGGUUGCCUCAAGCCCAGAGAUUUUGACUCGUGUUAAGAAAGGGAAGAUCACUAACAGACCUCUAGCUGGAACUACCAGGAGAGGAAAGACGCCAAAAGAAGAUGUCAUGCUGGAAAAACAGCUCUUGAAUGAUCAAAAGCAGUGUGCUGAGCAUAUAAUGCUGGUUGAUCUGGGAAGAAAUGAUGUUGGAAAGGUCUCUAAAAGUGGUUCAGUGAAGGUUGAAAAGCUUAUGAAUAUCGAGCGGUAUUCCCAUGUGAUGCAUAUCAGCUCUACAGUGACAGGGGACCUGCAUGAUGAUUUGACAAGUUGGGAUGUGUUACGUGCUGCAUUACCUGUUGGAACAGUCAGUGGAGCGCCAAAGGUUAAAGCCAUGGAGUUGAUAGAUGAGCUUGAAGUCAAUAGACGAGGGCCAUAUAGUGGUGGAUUUGGUGGAAUCUCUUUCACCGGUGACAUGGAUAUAGCUCUCGCUUUGAGAACUAUGGUAUUUUCAACUGCAACUCGAUAUGAUACAAUGUAUUCAUACAAGGAUGUUGAUCGAAGAAGGGAAUGGGUGGCCCACCUUCAGGCUGGAGCUGGCAUUGUUGCUGACAGUGACCCUGCAGAUGAACAAAGGGAGUGUGAAAACAAGGCUGCUGGUCUUGCUCGUGCAAUCGAUCUAGCUGAGUCAUCUUUCUUGGAGAAGGAAUAGGAUAGUUGAAUUUGCAAGUAGUGUUACUUGCCUAGAUAGACGAUGAAGAGUCAUAUUGAGAAGCCAUACCAGAGACCCAUGUUGUAUUUUAUCAAUAGUUCAUGUUUCAGGAAAAGGUAGGCUCUAAAUUGGGGCUUAUCUCUAAUGUAUGUAUCAUAUGAUAACUGUUGUAUGAACAACAAACUUUGGUCGGUAAAUUAUAAUUUGGAGACAGUCAAUAAAUAAAUAAAUUAACAGUUCUUUCAAGCUA